AUGUACAUACGUACUUGUGUUCCAUUAGGGAGACGUCACACACUUGACUUAGCAGCAUCAGCGUUGGCAGGUCUAGCAAGCACAGAAGAUUUCACAAAGGUCAGAUUACGGAAAACAGCAGGUCCAGAUGAGAAAGAUGAAUUCAGAGGAACUAAACCUGUUAUGCUUAUUCACAUCAAAGGUGAUUGAUUGUUUUAAAGUGCAGUCUGAAACUCAAACAACAAAAAAAUAAUUACAUGUAAUGUUUCAUAAUUAACUUGCUAGAUUCUUCCUCCAAGAAUUCACUUACAUUCAUGUACACUAAAUAUACUGUAAUAAAAUCAAACAUACAGUUUGUAUUAAAAUAGUGUUGUUUUGUAGGCCGCCGUCAUCUUCAAAUACGUCUUGUUGAGCCUAGCCUCAAGUCACUCAACUCUGGGGACUGUUUUGCUCUGGUGACAGAGAAAGAUCUUUUCUCUUGGAUUGGAAAAGAUUGUAAUCCUUAUGAAAAGGCAAAGGUCAGUAAAAGACUAAUUUACGAUAAUAUAAAUUAUUAAUAACAAUAUUAUUGUUUCUCUUGGAUUGUCUUUUUUGACUGGAAGCCUUUAAAAGAAUAUGAAAGUUGUUGAUGAGCAGUCUUCAUUUGCAGUACCAACCCUUUUUUUUUCAAAAAAGCUAAUUCUUUGAUGUUAUUUUGAAAGAUUACUUAAUCCAGUCUCUUUGUGCAAAACAAAUUGAAUCAGCACCAUAAAAUAACGGGUUUCUUGUUUUAAACAGGGUUGUGAAAUGAGCAAUUUUUGUCUUCAACAGGGUCAGGGUAGAAAGGCCUUGGCGACACCUCUCCUCAAGCAAUACUUAGAAAUUACAUGCAGAUUAAAUUUUUCAAAGUUUCAUGUAAGAUUAGAUGUUAUAGUCGACUUGUACUUUGCUUACACUGCAGGUGACAGAAAUAGUGUCAAAGAUAAAAGCAAAGUCUGAACUGGACUGUAAAGCAAGGGACAUCAUAACAAUUGAAGAUGGAGAUCUUGACUUCGGUGCUGCAUUGGAUAAAUUUGUCAGUAUUCUCAAGGGUGAUCCUGGCUGCAACAAAAUAAAAGGUUAGCCACAAGUUACUAUUUAUUCCUCUUGCAUUAUGAGCAGGAUCAUUUUUAUCCUUUUUUUGCUGUCUAUUUUUAAAACCCUUUGACGUGACUGCUCCACCUUCUGCUUCCAUUCUCUAUUAGGAUGAUCAGAUUAUUAUGAUCAUCUUCAUUGUAUUGCCUUUAAUGGUUCGACCAUGGCUUGCACAGGCCUGGAAUACUUCUUGAAAAACUGCUAGGUACUUGAAAACUCCUUGAAUUUGUAGAAGCACUGUGCUUAGGAAUGUUAUUAAAAACUCCUUGAAUACUUGAGACUACAAUAAAAUAAGUUCAUUUUGACAUCAAAAGAUUGAAGGAACUGGUUAGAAAUGAUGAAAGGCUUUUCAUAUGAGAACAAUCAGUGUUUCUUAUUUAAAGUAUCAGAGUAACCACACCUUAAAUGGGGUUCCCCAAGUGUAUUCUUCAGCCCCCUGUCUAAGCAAACAAAAUCACAAGGAAAAUAUGGCUUGAAGGAGCUUGAAGCGUGAAAUCUAUUUGAUUUUGAAAUAAUUAUCUGUUUGCAUUUAUUUGUUGGCAUGACUGUGCAAACUAUGUAAUAUUUGUGACACAAAAAUGUGAGCGUCUGAGAAAAUAAACUCCUUGAAUUUUGUUAUUAAGUCCUGAAAAAGUCCUUGACAAAAAGGUAACGAAACUUGUAUGAACCAUGGUAAUCCCAUCUCCUUUAUAAUGUAUUACCAGUUUUUCAUGCAGAUUUUCCUUCCUCCUUAGUUAAGAUGCUGGCUUUUUCUUUGAUCAGACAUGUUUUCUUAUUUUCCUUGAAGAUAUCCUGCUGCACAAAUCUCCUUUUCCUGUAAUAUUUUACUUUCCUUAAACAUUAUAAAUAAAUAUCCCCUUUCCAUUAAAUAAUUAUAUUACCCUUUGUAUUUUUUAAAUCCCAUCCCCCACCCCUUGCACUUUCUUAUUUCCAAGAUUCUCAUCCUCCUGUCCAUGUACAUGUAACACUCUUCUCCGAUCUCUCACUCAAGGGUAUAAGUACAUCCAAUAAAUUUGCUUUGCAAUAAAAUUAUUCUAUAUAAUUAUAUAUUACACACUGAGGCAGCCGUACAAGUAAAUACUGUGUCACUUGCUUUUUAUUGUCUACUGACGAAGGACCAUUUCCUUCUUUCUUUCAUCUGUUAGAUGCUCAGUCAAUGCCUAAAGAUGAAGAUUAUGAGAAAGGUUGUGUGAAAGGGAAUAUGGUGUACAAGAUACAGUGGACAGAUCCUCCAAAAUUAAUGCCAGUUGAAAGCAUGUGUGGGCAUAUUCCUCAAGUCUCUAUUCUUGAUACUAAGGAGGUACACUUUUAUUAUACAGUUUUAGUAAAAUUGGUGGAAAAAAAUUCAGUUUUAUUUUGUGGACAUACAUGUACAGAUUGGGGGAAGGAACAGCACCAUGAUAAACCAAAAAAAAAACUGGAAGGAAAAAUCCAGUUGAAUGAUUUCAACAUAGCAUUUUAUCCCCAGUCAAAAGUCGAGAGUUUUCUAAUAGUAAACAUGAGUCAGACGUGGGAUUCAGACAUGGGAAAAAGGGGGUUUCAGAAAGUACGUAAUUAAUAGGCCAUCAUGUUUUUAUGUUGUGUUACAAUGUCAUUGUAGUUGUAGAGAGCAGCAAAAAAGGUGCAAUAAAACAAUGUGAUGUGCUGUAGAGUAGCCCAAGAAAACAACUGUCAUUUUGUGUACCACCACUGGUUUUGCCGCAAAUGGUAUCUGAGAAACAACUGUAGAAAUUCCAUACUGAUGACGAGUCAGUAGGCAGAUACUGGUGGUGCUUCUGAUUGGGUGAGGUCAUUGUCCCUUGUGGCAUGCCCAAUCAGAAGCACUACUCAUAUCUGGGAUUGCGGAAGUGACAUGCAUGUCAUCAGUGUGGAAUUUCUGCACUCUUUGCUCAGAUAUCAUUUCACAGGGAAACAGCAGUGGCGGCAGCACUUAAUGUUGGCUGUUUUCUCAGGCUACCUGCAGAGUUGUUGUUUUGUUUGUUUUGCUGUUGUCGUUAUUUACAGUCUUGUUCCAAUGGCCAUUAUACUGUAGUUGCUUUGAAAGUUCUUUAAUAUAUUUUUUGUGUCUUUGCAGGUGCUUAUAUUUGAUUUUGGAUCAGAGCUGUAUGUCUGGAAUGGGCAACAAUCGUUGUCAGGUCAAAGAAAGUCUGCGUUUGCCCUAGCCAAGCAACUUUAUGGGGAACCAUUUAAAGCAUAUGGAAUCUAUGAUCCAAUCUUCCCAUAUGGUAAAUCUGAGAACUGCAGUGGUGAAGUUGAUAACAAAAUUGCAUCGCAGAGACCUUCUUGGACAUUGUUUGCAAGGCUGCAUGAGAAAGCAGAGACAAUCCUCUUCCGUGAGAAGUUUCUUGAUUGGCCAGAUCCUACAAAGAUUAUUAGAAUGAAAGGACAUCCCAGCAUGCUAGAGUUGGCAGCUCAAGAUAAGGUACUGUACAAAGGGUUGCACUUUCAUUGGAAUGAUUUCUUUUUCAAAGAAAGGUAACUUUUAUUUAUCAAUGUCAUAGGCAAUGAGUUGAGCUGAACGUCAUCUCGAUAAAGACACACUCUGUCUAUGAAGACCAUAGUCCCAGUGACAUACAAAUUCUGCAUUUUCUUGAUCUCCUUAAGUGAAGACCCUCCCGAGUUGACACCUUUCUGGUCACAGAGGUUACGACGGGUUCAACUGUACCAAAUUUUAGUUUCCUUUGUUAAAUUUAUAAGUUAGGUUAGUCUUUCCUUACAGUACUUACAAAAAGUAAGUUGACAUGCAAUACUUGAUCUUGGCAUAAAGUGAUUAUCAGAAUUGAGCCUCAACUCUUGAUUGGCACUAAUCGAUUCCUGCAAGAACCAGAAACACUGUAACAGCUUUUGUUCCCUUUUGAGUAAUUGUCUGGUCACUGACAAAAAAGUGCUAGCAUGCACACCACUUAGAAGGGAAAAUGCUUUUAGCAUUCUAAAAGUUGUCACACACUGUCCAUGAAUUUACAGUAAGAGGCCAGGGGCCCGUUUCUUGAAAGUCCUGAUAAUUAACGGGCCCGGUAAGCUGUCUCCAUUUACAUUAAAGAUCCAGGUUUCAAUAGUUUUGCAUCUAACGUGAUAAAACUAUCAGCUAAUGAAACAAAAUGGAGUAGUUUGCUAGUCAGGACCCGUGCCCUUAUUCUUAUAUUUCGAUUCAGAAUAUUUGAUUUUGGGCCCGAAAAAUUACCGGGACUUUCGUGAAACGGGCCCCAGGCCUUCCUGUAAACUGUUAUCAUUGGUUAGUCCCAUGAAAUUUAUUCUCUAACUACUGUUUACUAUUUUUAAGCCUCCUCCAGUUGAACUGAAGCCAUGUGAUCCUAAAAUAAUGUUGAAGAGUGCACCACCAUUAGAGUGUCCAACCUUUGAAGGGGUGAAUGUUGGGCGUGGCAAUGGUGUACCAACUGUGUGCGUUGGGGAUAUCUACAAAGAAGGAAACCUUGUUACAACUGUUGAGUUGACUGUGUGGCAUAUCAAUGAGUACAGACAUUUUAAGCUACCACCAACUAACCAUGGGCAUUUCCACUCAGGUAUGUUAUAACAUUAUUUUUUGUCGAAGAUCUGUGAGGGAGCUUUUUGUGAUUGUUUAUUUUUAAUAUAGUUAUAUUCUCUUGAAACCCUUUGACUCUUUGACCAGAAAUUUUCAUUUUGCUGCCAAACAUCAAGAGUGAGACACAAUCAAGUUAGAGUACUCUCAAGGCUGUACUCUAAGAAUAAUAAAUUUUAGUGAGCUCAGUACUCUGAACUUGUGAAAUCCAGACUGCCAAGUAUUAUGAUUUCUAUGAGGAAACUUUUCUAUUCACCCAGAACGCAAAAGUUAGGUGCCAGAGGCCACUGAGCUAUGCUUGAGCACAGCUUAGACUCCUCUCAUACAUGUACACUGGCACUUAAGGGUUUCUUCUAAAUGGUGCAGGGCUUGAAAAAAUUUGAAUUCUGGCUUGUCCAUUUGGCAAGCAGCUCUCACAUUUUGCUUGCCCAGGGCCACUUCUUGCCCCUCUUACAGUUUAUUUAUUUAUAUGUGAUAAUUCACAAAGGUUUCCCACCACUGUGAAUGUGCUAAAAAAAUAUUAAAAUAAUAAUAAUAAUAAGCCUUAAAAGUUGCUUGCCCAGCAAGAAAAUCCACUUGUCCCAGACCAACAGACAGGACUUUUUCCAAGCCCAAUCUGUGGUGUCAAAUAAAUAAAUUAGCUUACUGCAUACAAGACAUAAAAGGUAUUAGAAAUGUUUGUUGUAAAAAAUGUUACUUGAGCAAUCCCAAAUGGUAGCUGCUUUAAAGAUACAAAUUCAACUAUUUGGGUUUUCACUAUUUUAGGUGAGGGCUACGUCAUUAGAUGGGCAUAUUUUGUACUUACUGACAGAAUCGCCAAAGAUCGGAAGUCUCGUUGUCGAUCAACAGUUGCAGGACGUGUUCGCUGUGCAUACUUUUUCUGGCAAGGUAAUGAUUCCUCUGUGAAUGAGAAGGGUGCAGCUGCAAUUAUGGCUGUGGAGCUUGAUGAAGAGAAAGGACCACAGGUAAGGUGUCCCCCCCCCCCCCCGAAAAAAGUUCUUUAGUUUAAUGUCUUUGUAUGUGAGGACACUGCUCUGGGGUGGAUCUAGAGGGAGGGUGUAGGGGGUGUGCUCUCCAAAGAUGAAAUGCCUUGAUGUUUGAUCAAAUUAUCUCAAGUUAAACUCAUUAUAACAAUAGAUAAGCAAGGGGGAGGUACCUGAGAAGCUGGUGGAGCCCAGAACUGCAGUCAAGUGCAGCAGGUAACCAUGACAACCCUGUGAGCGGCAUCCACCCAGCCACCAUCAUACUGCUAACCAAUGGAAACUGUUGACACUUAAAGGGUUUAGACCCUGGCCCUGAGGCAGAAUGGAACCACUUUUUAUAGAGGGUGUUGUUAUCUCUCAUUUCUUUCUGUAGGUUAGAGUUGUCCAAGGAAAAGAAAGCCCAGUCUUUUUAAACCUUUUCCAAGGAGGAAUGAUAAUUCAUAAUGGCAGGUACAUACAUGUAUAGUGANCCCCCCCCCCCCAGAAAAAAGUUCUUUAGUUUAAUGUCUUUGUAUGUGAGGACACUGCUCUGGGGUGGAUCUAGAGGGAGGGUGUAGGGGGUGUGCUCUCCAAAGAUGAAAUGCCUUGAUGUUUGAUCAAAUUAUCUCAAGUUAAACUCAUUAUAACAAUAGAUAAGCAAGGGGGAGGUACCUGAGAAGCUGGUGGAGCCCAGAACUGCAGUCAAGUGCAGCAGGUAACCAUGACAACCCUGUGAGCGGCAUCCACCCAGCCACCAUCAUACUGCUAACCAAUGGAAACUGUUGACACUUAAAGGGUUUAGACCCUGGCCCUGAGGCAGAAUGGAACCACUUUUUAUAGAGGGUGUUGUUAUCUCUCAUUUCUUUCUGUAGGUUAGAGUUGUCCAAGGAAAAGAAAGCCCAGUCUUUUUAAACCUUUUCCAAGGAGGAAUGAUAAUUCAUAAUGGCAGGUACAUACAUGUAUAGUGAUAGUCAAGGCAAAAGAAAAUUAUUCAUCCCUUUGCAUUAGAACCUCUCACAGCAUUAAAGGAAACCAUUUUUGUUCUACUAGUGGUUAGUUUUACUGCAUAUUUUGCAUGCAAUAGUGUUGUACAGUUUAAUAACCAUAAUUAAUAGAUAAUAUAUACAAAAACCUAAGUGGAAAAUAAGAGGAUGGGAAUUCCGAGACAAAUUUAUUGUGCCAACGGGUCUGUUAUUGUGAAGACUUCCUCAAGGUUUACACAGGCUCUGAAUGCUGGCUUUGUGUUGAUACAAUUAUUGUAUUUAAUGCAUCAAUUUUUGCCAAACGUCAAAAUCAAGAGUUACUUUUGUGUUAUAAUGCAAAAAACAACUCCUUGCAAGUGGAGCUUGUCCUCAAAUAAAGGUGUCGCGAGUGUGUGAACCAUGACUGUAAUUUGAUGAUUUAGCGAUUUGGCUGCAUGAAUUCUCAAUGACUAAUAUUAUUAUUGUCAUCUACAUGCAAAAUCUGAAUACCUAUAUUAUUUUACUUACAUUAAAAUUGCAAAUCGUUAAAAUCACAUUCACCUGCAAUUAUUUUGUCAGUUAGAAGAGUGAUCAAUGCACUGCAUCAUGUCAUGAAGUGGUCAUGCAACACCAUUGUCACAAUUUCUACCAUUUGACACCACUUACAUGUAAAAAUAAUCUGAGUAGAAUUCCAGUUUUUGUGCACACACAUGCCUUUCAUCAAAUGUCUCAUUGACCACAUUGAUCGCUCUGGGAUUAGUAAUUGGAACAGAAAGUGAUCAGUUAUGGAAAAAUGUUUUGUGAUACAUGGAUUGCUGGAGUGAAAUGAUGAAUCAGUUUGGGCUUGAUUCUAGGAAACUGCCUACCUACCCAUCCCUUAACCCUAUAUUUUGUCCUUAAGUGGGAAGUUAGUGUUACUGUUAACUUUGGCUCAGGGGAGGGGUAGAUGGGUAGUUUUUUUGCAUCUUGUACUGAUCCUUUAUGAUUGACCCCAGGGAUAGGUGAUGUCAUUAAAAUUGACACCAUCUUUGGGACAGUCUUGGCUUUGAUCAAACAUCAUCCUGUGAAACAUAAUAAUUAUGUGAAAUAGGUUUUGUGUCUUGGUCCCACACUUUAUCUUUAACAAAGGAAAAUGUGUCUUAAUCUUUACCUUGAUCAAAGAAAACGACUUAUGAAGUGGUAAAAAAUUAUGCAUGCAUUAGGCACAGGUUUCAAUGAGACAUUUUUUAAGACAUAAUCUAACUCAAUGAAGACUGCUUUGGUAAUUGGUCAUUGUCAGAUUAGACGUAGGGUAUAAUAUUAUUUAAGCGUACAGAACUCGCUACAAUGAUUUGCUUGAGUGACCACCAAAAAAUAUCUCCCAGUGCGCAAUUCCCAAUGUCCAAAGCAAUCUUUAUUGAAUCAGCCAUAUAUAGUAGAAUCUGGGUGGUACAAGCUGCUAACAUUGAAUUUGUUACCACCUAGAGUCCUGAAAUCUUGUAGUCUUGUGAAAGACCACUUUCAACAAACCAUAGUUAGUACUAUGAACAAACUAAAAAGUUGACUUUGUCUUUACGGUAUCUCAUUUUACCCAGAUUCUACUGUAAUACAGUGUAGCAAAGCUCAGGAACGUGUCUUGCGUCAUAUUUAGUACAAAAAGAUAUCUAAUGCUUUAUAAGUUCAAGGCCUAAGGAUGUGAGCCAUCUACCACCUUGCAGUCACAGCCACAUUUCCAGAAGUCUGAACACUGCAUGAUGCACAUCAAAAUAUGCACACAAAUUGCACCAGUUGAGUUCCUGUCAGCUGCGUCCCAGUAACACUGAAAUAAAAAUUUAAAAUUUCCCUCCCUGCAUGCUUAUCCCAAUCUUUAAAUGGUCACUUGACCUCAGUGCAUCCAUUAAAAUAUCUAAAUCUUUUUUAUUAACUUGAGCAAACAAUUCUUAUUUCCCGGCCUGAGUGGCUAAAGAAUAGUUUUUAAAAACCCAACUUGCAUGCUAAUUCCUAAUAAUAAUAAUAAUGAUAAUUAAUUUGUUGUCAUUAUUUCAUCGCACGUUCAUCUCACUAAUUCUCUCAUUAACAGCUUACCCAAGAACUGGUAUGACCCACAAACGUAAGUUGGAUUCCAAUGCAUUUGCUCUCUCUUCCUUCCCUGGGAAUCUGGUAUAAAUAAGGAACUUCAUUGUGACAUGGCUACAGCUUUACUUAACUCGAGUGAGAUAGCUUCAACUGAAUGAAUAUAAGGCUUAUUUUAUUUGAAUACUUACAAAUUAAGACAAAUCAAGAGGAAGUUGUAAGUCAUUUCCCUCAAGAUAGAAGGGGGAUUGGUGGGACGUUUUUAAAUUUAAACUUCAAUUUUAAAGAAUUGAACUUCAAUGUGUGUAUUGUCUAAAAAGUUAUUAAUUUUUGUCAAGCUAUUCUCAGUGACAUCUGACCAGAGGCAAAGGAUAAAAUUUUAUUGCCGAGUUUGUUGUUUUAACAUACUAUCGGCGUGCCGUUUUUUGAAACCAGUGGGAUAAAAUGAGCACCCCUUUGAGUCUAUAAUAUUAUAAACUAGUAAUAACCAAAGGUUACGGUGUGCGGGCGACAACGAUCGAAAGUCAAAACGCUUUAUACUCUAACGCUGUGUUUUGUGGAAGUUUCACGUGACAGAUGGUCAAAACACGCGUGAUCAGAUUACGAAGGAUAGAAAGUCCAACGGCGUGUGAUCAAAUUGCGUUCUGUACAUUUCAUUCAUUUUUAAUGGAAGUCCAAAUGAAUGCUGGCUACGUAAAUGCAACGCAUGCGUAAUAACAACCUGGACAUUAGGAUUGCGGUCUCCUCUUGUCGCCCGCAACAAAUAAACGAAUUAAUGAAUGAAUGAAUAAAUAAACAAAUGUUUUUUUCUUUGUAAAUGAAUGAACGAGUAUGUGGAAACAAGCAGCUUUUGAAUUUUCCUUUAUUCUUUCAAUAUCAGAUUCUUUUUAUGAUCAUGCGUUUUAACCAGUCGUAGCAGCAAAGUGAUAACAGGGCGAAUGGAGUGGAAGCCAAUUAGAUAAAAGAAAUCUUAGGUUUUUUUAAAUGGCUGAAUAAAUUAAUGUCUAUCUAAAUGUCCUGUAUUGUUUCACGGUUCAAGCUGCCUUGCAUAACUCAAAAAGAGAAGUGUAUUGUAAUAAUUAUUACACUUAAGAAUUAAAGAAGGUGUUUAAAAUUAUUACUUUGAAUCUCUGCCGAAAACAAAUCAACAACUUUAUUAUAAACUGCAAUCAUUUCAACUGACCGCAUUGACGUUAAUUUAAAUACUUCUUUAAACAGCAGUUGGUUUAAAUAAAUUGAGUAAAAAAAAUCACAAAUAUUAUUAAAACAAUUAAUAUAAUCCAUAAAAAUAUGAAGUAAUUUGCAAAUAAAUUAUUAUAUCAAGUCCUCAUAUCAAGUCCUCUUAUCGACUUAAACAGCCCCCCCAAAUAAUAAUGAAAUAAUAAUAAAUUGAUCCGUUAGGGUGCACUUGGCACAACACCUGCACAGCACAUUUCAGAAACGAGCUCAUCUAAUCAUACUUUAGAUAGUUAAGCGCUUCAUAUAGCAGUCAAUAUUGAGUCCUUCUAACAGCAGCUUGCAUUGUAUCUUGACAGAAAGAACGCCAUUGACGAGACAACAGCAACAUUCACUGGUAAGUUAGUCGUUUGUAAUGAUCCAUUAACUCAGUUUUGGGAGUAAACGUGAUAAAGCAAGAGGUGUUCAGUCGCUUUGCAUGGCAAGAAAUAUAGGUCUUAAAAUAUAAGAUGUUAUUGUCGUCGUUCCUAGCCUGGGAGCACCCUUACUUGAGCGAAUUCGCGGAAAAUUUUGGCGGUGGAGCCACUAGCGCGCGAGAGAAAAUUUUCGAAAAUUUUCCUCAAACUCGCCCAAGUGGACAUUUUCGUAGGCGGCAUCACUCUUAAAUAGCUGAAGACUAUCUCUGAUUAAGUUACUAAGUACAACGGUUUUGAGAGUAUGGGGAAAAUUGGUCGGUUUGGGACUUCAAUUCUUUUUCUUAGGUAGAAAUUUCAAAUUUCAUCAUCCACGGAGGCGUAGAAUACCAAUUGUACAUUAAUACGGUGGUUGAGGCGUCAACCGUCAGUAGCUUGGGUGUCCUGUGUAAUUGACGGCCCAUAGGUGCCGAGACGGCCAACCUUAGCGUUUUAAUUACUUUCUAUUAGUUGUGGGGCUUUGCUGGUUAUGGAGGUUUUCCACUUUAAAUUCAGGUUUCCUCAACUUCCAAGUGCAUCUGGGUUUUGCAAUCAUUCCCUGACUAACUCUUACAUUUUCGUAUUUCAUUGCUUUUUAUCGCUCAGACAACUCUACAACUCGUUUGUACGUGAUCCGUAAUGAAGAGCCCGGUGAAGCCUGCCUGAAUCAAGUGAAAGCUAGGUAUGUUCUCUUCACGUUUCUUUCAAAGACCAAGUUAUAGGACGGUUUAUCACUUUCAAUGUUGAAGACGAAAUCCUUUGUUGUUAUCAUUCAAAUGAAACCUCUUUGGCUGAACGUUUGAAUAGUACUGUUUAUUUCUAUGCACUUUGCACGAAGGUGACUGUGGAACUUUGUCAUUUUGCGUAAGAAAUGUUAAGAAACAAAAACAUGUUCACGUGACACACCAUCACGUUAUCACUUACGAUUACGGUGUCACGCCAUGCAGAUGAGUUGCUACUGGGUCUUUGAGGAUGUUUUCAACCAUUGAAAAUAAAGAAAUGAUCGUCGCAGUGAACGCAAUUUAUGCAAUUGCGUAAAGAAGCCUGAAAAAAAGUCAGGAUUUCAACGGGGUUUGAACCCGUGACCUCGCGAUACCGGUGCGAUGCUCUGCCAACUGAGCUAUGAAGCCACUGACGUUGGGAGCAGGUCAAUUGUGGGUUCAUAUGUGAAAGAAAUGAGUGUUAAUGAUAGUAUGAAAUAAAUCAUAUAUUAACUGCGGAAAUGAAAUGAAAAUGAAGAAAUGAUCGUCGCAGUGAACCAUUGUUUGAUUUUUUGUUGUCAAUUGUUUCUAGCUCCUACUCGUUGCGAUCACGGACCAGUUUUGUGUUAGUGGUACGUAAGGAGGCUCAUAUCUACCUUUGGCAUGGCUGCAAGUCAAGCGAUGACUCGCGUUCUACUGCUAGAGCAGCAGCUAAGAAAGCCCAGGAGAGGUACAUCUGUAACUAUUGAUACCAGAGAUCACUGUCAUGGACAAUUCACUAGAAAGCUUUAGAUUCUGAGACGAGGACGACUACGAGUACGAGAUUUUCUCAAUAGUGAGUAUUGCUCACGCGUGAACCAGCGUCAUUUUGGCGGGAAAACGUGAUUGCCUUCGUCAUUGUACUACGAGUUAUAGCGAGAAUUUGGCGAAAACAAGUUAUCAAAUGUUUUAUCAUUUUGCUAUCGGGAGACGGCUUAACCUCCUUCAGUAUAAAUAACCGUACUAACUUUUUUGGUGAAAAAAGUAAAAUGAAGCUUUCCGGCGUGUGUUCUUUUUGAGAACCCGCGCAAAAACGUAACGUUAAAUCUCGUACUCGUACUCGUACUCGUUCUCGUCGUCAAAUCUAAAGCUCUCUACUAGUACUUUAGCAACAGUAACUUACAAGUGUAGUUUUCCUUUGAAAAAAACUGCUUUGCUUGAAAAUUACACUUGUAAAAGCUUAGUUACUUUUAAGCUUUGGUUGUUGGCUUCACUGCGCUGCCCCCCACCCCCCUUCCCCCCUAUCCCCCGGCUAUUCCAGACAACACACACUUGCUUAUUAUUAUACUGCAGCCGUAGCCUGAGAAAACAGCUGACAUUUCGCGACGCCAUCAAAGGUUUCACCGCAAAGUGACGUCUGAGAAACGAGUACUGAUGACAUGCCACGAGGGAAUAGGCCACUUCCAAUUUCCAAAAACCCUCACUUUCAAAUGAGGCUAGGUGGGCAGCCUUUCUUGUGAAAAUGAGUUUCAUUUGCAUAAAAAUGAAAAAUAAUUUCCAUAUCAAAGGCUGAGCACCUACCCUCGUUUUGAAACAGAGGCCGGGAGAACUCGGAAAUGGCCUAUUUGCUUCAACCCAUCACAAGCACUCCCUAGAUCUUGGAGGGGACACGUUAUAAUUAGGAAUUUCUGCGCUCGUUCCUCAGUCAUCUCGCGGGAAAACCAGUGGUCAGGUGGCGUCGUGAUAUGUCUUUCUCUGGCUAGGUCAGCCGUUGUUUGCACCCUUUUAUGUGUGCUGGAGAAGUGUGUAAUUUGUGGGAAGGUUCAACUCCAGGGCACUUUGACUGGUUAGAGAUUUGCGGGGUUACUGUUUAUGCUUAGUGGGCAAAAUAGUUGCAAAACAUUUUCGAGUUGCAGUCUGAGUAGCCUCCCACGCAAACGUUCUUUUGGCUCGUCACGUAAUCCUCACCAAGGGACGCGUGACAAAGCCCUAAAAACGCAUACGUGGGAGGCUACAGUCUUGAGUUCUGACCAAACCAGUUGAUUUAGAAUUGUUCCACUGGAAAAAUAAUACAUGAAUUUUACUUCCCCUUAACUUACUGAACUGCUUGUUUCAUUUUCACCCUUUUCUUUUCUUUCUUUUCCUUUUUACAGGAAAAGCGUAGAGUGUAACUUGACUGACUUGUCAGGAAUUAGUCUGAGUGAAGUUGAAGAAGGAAACGAACCAGAUGAGUUUUGGAAAGCCAUUGGAGGAAAGAAGUACUAUUGUAGUCUAGCACAUGGUAAAUAUGCCCACCCCCCAACCCCCCUUUACUCCCUUCUUCCAUUUCUAAGAGCAGCUUUUCUCUGGAACUGAUUUUUAUUUAACUUAGAGUUAAGUUUCAAUACUCGCUGUAGUAGUGUUGUUGCUUUCAAUUCCAUGGAUCCUAUAAUUUUUUUUAGUCAAUCUCAAGUGAUUCCUCUCCUGUUUGUCACGCUGAUGAGGAAUGGAGGGGAGCCACUCGUGGCUGCAAAUGUUCGGGCCACCGGCCCGUUUCUCGAAAGUCCUGGUAACUUUUCGGGCCCCGAAGGCUGUUUUGUGUCUGCCAGGUUUGCAUUCGAGAUCAAAGUUGUAAUGAAUGAAAAUAUCAGUUAGCGAAGAAAAUUGACUUGUUUGCGAGCUAGGAACUGUGCUACCAUUCAACUGGUUUUGAUUUCAAAAAUUUGCUUUCGGAACCUAAAAGUUACCGGGCCUUUCGAGAAACAGGCCCCAGGUGAUAAUGUCCAUUACCAACGUAGUGUUAUAAGCUAGACUUCCAUCCAUAUUAUUUUUUGUCCUUCUCUAGAUCCGUCGAAACAUAAUUAUCAGCCCCGGCUUUUUGAGCUGAGCAGUGCCACUGGAAAGUUUAAUGCCACUGAGGUUUUAUGUCCUGCACGCUCAGAACCAAAGCUGUGCCCUUUUCCAUUUCUUCAAGAAGAUCUGUAUACAGCUAAACAACCAGGUUANAUCAAUGAAAGACUCGAAUAACUUAGACAAAGCGCUAAAAAACUUUAAGGACACAAAAAGUUUCCAGAAGAGUCUAAUAAACACUCUUUUAGAAAGACGGAAAGAAACUAACAAGUUCGGCACGCUAUUUUAGAUUCUGUAUUAAUUAAGAUAAACCAUGAUCGCUUUACUAAUAUACUUAAAUAGGGGGGGUUGAACAAUCACGGUUAGAUCAAUGAAAGACUCGAAUAACUUAGACAAAGCGCUAAAAAACUUUAAGGACACAAAAAGUUUCCAGAAGAGUCUAAUAAACACUCUUUUAGAAAGACGGAAAGAAACUAACAAGUUCGGCACGCUAUUUUAGAUUCUGUAUUAAUUAAGAUAAACCAUGAUCGCUUUACUAAUAUACUUAAAUAGGGGGGGUUGAACAAUCACGGUUAGAUCAAUGAAAGACUCGAAUAACUUAGACAAAGCGCUAAAAAACUUUAAGGACACAAAAAGUUUCCAGAAGAGUCUAAUAAACACUCUUUUAGAAAGACGGAAAGAAACUAACAAGUUCGGCACGCUAUUUUAGAUUCUGUAUUAAUUAAGAUAAACCAUGAUCGCUUUGCUAAUAUACUUUUUAGAAAUAACACUAAAUAGUCUUGUAUGUCUGUGAUUUUGCUAAAAGGUGCCCGCCAAGUUUUCGCUUGAACACGGGCAUCUCAAGCCAGUGUGGCCGGAAAAAAACCAGGGGGCUUGCCGUCUUGCUAGGUGUCAGCUGAGAGCCCAGGCCCAGACCUAUCCGUGGGUGGGUGGCUGACUUGUUUUGUGUGAAAACCAGAGGGGCAGGGAGGGGAGAUUUUGUCACUUUGAUUAGAGUUUUCCUGUGGGCUAGCCCAGCCAAAUCAAUGCUGUGACUCAUAAUCAUAGCACUACUAGCAAAGCUUGGGGGAAGUGAUUGACUAGUCAUAAGCUUCAUGGUUAGGGAGGGUGAGUAGUUGCUCCUUGGACUUGGCUAUCUAGAGACUCAGUACAGGCACCUUGUAUGAAAUCCACACAACAGAUGUAUAUAGAGAGGUUAUUAUAAUCAAUAGUUAUUUCCAUUUCAUUUUUGCCUUCUAGUGUAGGUCAUCGCUCAUUUUUAUAUCUUAAGUUUUAUUUUAUAGAGGGCUACAGGGUCAUCACUACUGUCACGUGCUCCCCUCUUGAAACAAAGUUUAUUGAUUGAUUGAUUAUUUGACGGUUAAGGUCCUAUUAAUUAUACUGGGCAAUAGACAAUAAUACUAAACAGACAUAUUUUGCAAAGUUUACAUUACCAUAGUCGAACGUAUGCCUUUGUGAGAUUGUGUGUGGGACUGGGCCAGUGAUGUGACGAAUUGUUUUAAGUGACUGUUUUAGACGAUUUCGCCUCUUUAAUUGGUAAUCAGAUAGUUUCAUAGGAGACUAGCUCAACAUUCAUCCCCCAAAAAGUUGCGUAGUGCAAUUCGAUGCAACAUCGAUCAAAUCUAAAAUGUGCCAAAUGUUAAUUUUUUGUAGGAUUGUUUAUAGUCGAUGGAUAUUAUGAUGUCUAUGUUUGGGAAGGAUGGAUGCCAGAGGGUGAUGAUGAUGUAAGAACUGGAUCAGGGAGACAGCGAUGGGACAAAGAUAGACGACUUGCUAUGGAAACAGCUCUAAACUAUGCUAAAGGUUUGUUUUUCAAGUAAUCUUUGCAUCAUUUGUUUUGCCAAGAUGUUUUUCAACUGGGGUUGAUUACCAUUUGCAUUGAAAAACCGGUCGGAUUGCUGUUUGGGCAAAUUGUAAACGAAACUCAGGACUGGCAAAAAUUAAUUCUGUCGAAGAAUCGCUCCCUUUACACAAAUCUGUCCCAUUUAACAAAAAAUUGCCACUUGAUGGAAUGGAACACGAAUUACCAUGUGGAACACACCAGGCAGGAAAACGUUACACUGGUCGCGGAACUUUUCCACUGGAACGACCUGAACAGUCCUGUGUCAUUGACGUCUCAACCGUAAUUAUUGGAUGACGUUGUAUACUAUUAAAUCAUAUUUAGGGUGCGUUCGAUUGGCAAAUCCGAAAACGGAUUUCACCUCCGAGAAAUCAAUCGAACGCACCCUAAAUGUAGUUAACGACUAGGAGCUAUGGUCUCGGGUGUUUUUGGCAUUCUUUGGUAGCGUGUUGGUCGUCUGUAGUUGAAGUUGUGUGGUCAAACAAAAACCAAAGUAAAUUUUAGCAAAUCACAGAACGAGCGUACAAUCACGAACCAAUCACAUUGUGAAGCAAAUCCAUGAACCCGGCGCGGUGCCGAAGGCGGGAAAAUUAAACUAGCGUGCAAGUCAGGAUUAGUUUUUAACAUCAUGGGCGACAAAUUACUCAUAACUUUUGGCGCAUAAUUUCAUCGCCUGUUAGUGAAAUUACAAUAAUGCUUUGGCAAUGCGACGUAUGCCUCAGUGCUAAGAUGGCGUCAAGGUUUUACUAAGAAUAUUAUGUGUGAAGAUAUCAGGGAAAUAAAAGACGCUUUAGAAAACCUAAACACACGAAAGAGCACUUUAAGAAGGAUUCUAACAGGUAUAUCUUGUGGAAAAAUCCAGAAAAUUGUGAACUUUUCAGUGCCUGGGGUUUUCGAUGCGAUAAACUAGUCAAAACCCACUAUUGUGAGCGUAAUUUGUUACUCAUGAUAUUGACAGGCAAUCAUAUGGUAUACCCAUGAAAUAAGAAAUAUUUUCACUGGCAUUUUGUUCAAACCCUAUGACCAAACGCACGUGAAAUUAUGCCUUUAUAUCAAUGUCACCAUUUGAUUACAUAUACAAAUUUCGCAGUUGGCUUUAAUAAAUAGGAGCAACAGUUCUUUUAGCUGGAACAUAGAAUAACAAUGCAAAAGCGUUCAAUUGGAAAACACUUUCAUUGGUUUUUUUUUUUACUUUCCAGAAGCUGGAAAGCGAAUUUCGCACCGAGUAUAUGUGGUUUAUGCUGGCAUGGAACCGAUGACUUUUAAAGCUCUUUUUCCUUACUGGAACGAUACACCUGAUGUAAUUAGAAUACAGAAACAGGUUUGUAAUUUUACUUUGUAUACAUUUACAAACUUUUUCUCCAUUUUAUCGUCAGCUCAGCGUCUGAUUUGUUCAGGAGGCAGCAAGGCGGCCAAGUGGUCAGAGCGCGCGGUCCUGGGCUCGAGUCCCGCUCCGGCCACUUCCGGCUUUAUUUGUUCGCGGUUGCCCCGAGUUGAAAUCCUCGGUCACCCUCGUAAAUAGCCAACUGGUUGCCUCCUGUUAGUUGUGGUGGCCAGAAUCUUAUACUCUUCUCUCUCAGUUUCAAUGUCUGAUUAUGUACCUUAAGUGAUCGUGUAACAAGACAAUCACAUAAUUGCAACGUGUGUCAUUUUUACAGGAUGGUAAGCAGCCAAACGUCAGACACUCUGCCAGCGAACUGUUACAUCAGUUCACAAAGUAA